AUGACGGGCUCGAUCCCCUUUGUAGGAGCAUUUGCUCCACGGUCUCCAGGAAAGCCUUAUGCUUCGACGCCGGACAUGGUUAUGGAAAUGAAUAUGCUCACUGAAUCCAUGAAGAAUAUGGCCACCCAAAUUGAACAGUACCAGGGUGGUAUGAGCAAUCUGCUUUACUUGACUCGAGGCACCUAUAAGGUCUACGAUAGCGCCAUAAAUGCAAGGAAAAGAAUCGCAUCUACCGAGGUCACGGACGGUCGGAACGAGGAAGACAAAGUCUUGACUGCUACAUACGAAAUGAUCAACGCCCUGACUCAAGCUAUUGUGGCUACUUCAAGCAAGUCACUAGACGGCUUGGAUUGGGCAGCCAGACAUUCUCCUAGACUACAAUCAUCACAAGUCUCCGUGGACCUUUUAUUUCUGCCUUGGCCUGGACGUAGAUAUGCAAGACGAGGUAGGGAGAAGAAGGACAAACUCAAUGUAUCGCUACCGGGAGCAAGAAUGUGGACCAUAUUGUCCAUCGCAGCGCAAGGAAUGUUUCUGCAGGUGCUGUGA